UCUCUUUUCCGCCCUCCACCCCUCGCUAGCCCUCCACCCCCCACACGACCCUCCUCCUCGGCGGCGGCUGCGGCGGCGAUGCAGAUGGCGGCGACCACCACCGACUCCCAGGCGGCCGUGCCGCCUCACCACCCUCACGCCCACCCCCACGUGCCCCCGCAGCAUGGUCACCCGCACCACCACAUGCCGCCGCAGCCACGGUGGGUCGUCAUCCCGUACCCGCCGCCGCCGCCCAUGGUGGCCGCGCCACCGCCGCCGCCGCCGCAGUUUGCCAAGCACUUUGCUGCUGGGCCUCCCCCGCCGCCCCAAGCUGCGGCCGGGCGCCGCACGCCGACCCCACCCGCGGCCGGAUCCGGCGGGAACGGGUGCGAGGAGAAUAAGACCAUUUGGGUCGGCGACCUCCAGUACUGGAUGGACGAGAACUACCUCCACAGCUGCUUCGGGCCCAGCGGCGAGGUGGUUACAAUAAAAGUUAUCCGCAAUAGGCAAACAGGACAGUCAGAGGGGUAUGGAUUUGUUGAGUUCUUUUCUCACGCAUCAGCAGAAAAGGCUCUUCAGAAUUUUACUGGUCAUGUGAUGCCAAACACUGACCGGGCAUUUAAGUUGAACUGGGCAUCAUAUAGCAUGGGUGAAAAGCGAUCUGAAGUAGCUUCUGACCACUCAAUAUUUGUUGGUGAUCUAGCUGCUGAUGUUACUGAUGAAAUGCUGCUGGAGCUUUUCUCUAGCAAGUACCGCUCGGUGAAAGGAGCUAAAGUUAUUAUUGAUGCAAACACAGGCCGUUCUAGGGGCUAUGGAUUUGUUAGGUUUGGAGAUGACAACGACAAAUCUCAUGCAAUGUCUGAAAUGAAUGGUGUAUAUUGCUCUACUAGGCCAAUUCGUAUAGGACCUGCGACUCCCAGAAGAUCUUCAGGAGAUUCUGGCUCCUCGACUCCUGGUCAUUCAGAUGGUGAUUCUUCUAAUAGAACGGUAUAUGUUGGUGGGCUUGACCCCAAUGUCAGUGAAGAUGAACUUAGAAAAGCCUUUGCCAAAUAUGGUGAUCUUGCCUCUGUGAAAAUUCCUCUAGGAAAGCAAUGUGGCUUUGUUCAAUUUGCUAGCAGAACUGAUGCUGAAGAAGCACUACAAGGAUUAAAUGGAUCACUCAUUGGGAAGCAGGCAGUUCGCCUUUCAUGGGGCCGCAGCCCAUCGCAUAAGCAGUCGAGGGGUGACUCCGGCAACAGGAGGAACAACAUGUACUAUGGCACACCAUUCUAUGGCGGAUAUGGCUAUGCCUCCCCAGUGCCACACCCAAACAUGUACGCCGCAGCGUAUGGCGCGUACCCCAUGUAUGGCAACCAGCAGCUAGUGAGCUAGAGAGCUCCCCUCCGAUGUGUCCCCUCUGACGGGAAACAAAGGUUUUGGUCCGGUGAGCAUAGUAGGGUCAGGUGAGAAGGUUAUAUCCUUAUAGGUUGUCCGAAAAAGUGGGCGAGAUAUGUUGUUGAACGGAUGGUAUGGUGCCUGUAGCUGUUGUGUGUGUGUGCGUCGCAAGAAUUGGAUGGAACUCGUGGCUUGUAGUACACCAGGGAGUCAUGUCGGUAUUCUUUCAAGAAAUUUUGACUUGGUAAUAAAUUAAACUAUUGUUUGUGCGUCCA